AGCUCUUGUUCUGACACGUUUGCACUGAGUGAGUGGCAUUGGCACACUUUCAAUCGCUCACUACCUCUGCCAUCAAACAACAUAAAGCACACAGAGGCAGAGGCUCGCGCUCAUAAAUUUCAGCAGGCAGAUAUUUUUGCGCAUCGCUUUACAGCGUGUAGCCUAAUUAAUUUCUCGCUGUUCUUUUUUUCUAUAAUUUUUCCACUAAUGCAAAACAUUUUUUUUAAAUAAUUGCAAUACAUUUACAGGUAGCAGGUAGGCCUACUAAUUUCCUGUCUAAGUGUUAUAUUUUUUAUAUUUUCAUUCACAUGUUUAUUGUUAAUUUUAACUGGAUAUUUUGUUUCCUGCUGACAAUAAUGGGGAUUUGAACAUUUUCAAGAGGAAUUGUACGAGGAAACAUAAUCAAAAGAAGACGACUAAUAAAUGACAGAUCAGCAAGGAGCAAUCAUACACAACUCGUCAACUCAAAAGAGAAAGACGAAUUGACAAGAGGACUCCUGCAGGAUACGAGGGACAGCGGCUGUCAUUUUGACAAAUAAGUUUGAACAAUUAUAGCUUAUGCAUUUUCGGACAAAAACAUUUAUAGAUACUCACACUUCGGACCGUGCAUAAAGAAGGAAGAUUGCAAGAAAGUGAUUACUUGGACACGCGAUAUUGAUACCAUUACUGGUACUCAGCUAACGUUAUCCUAUUUAUUUUUUCUUAUAGGCUACGCGUAAACGCAAUAUCACCAAUAUACAGCUCUCUAACGCAACACAUGUUGUAGUUGUUUUUUUGUAUGUGAGUUUUUCAAGCCAAGUUUCCAUUUGUGUGGCUUCGUGAUUCUGUUUCGGCUGACUAUGGACGAACAAGCCCGGAUCAUGCAGGCUCUCGGCGGUGUCAGCUUGGCUGGCCACUCGAUACAAGGAGGCAUGGCACUGCCGCCUCCACAUGGACACGAUGGGAUAGAUGAUGGGAGAAAACAAGAUAUCGGUGACAUUCUGCAUCAAAUAAUGACCAUUACUGACCAAAGUCUGGACGAGGCGCAAGCAAAAAACAGGAAACAUGGACUGAACUGCCACAGAAUGAAACCUGCACUCUUCAGCGUCCUCUGCGAGAUCAAAGAGAAAACAGGCCUCAGCAUCCGUGGUGCCCAAGAGGAGGACCCUCCCGACCCCCAGCUCAUGCGUCUGGACAACAUGCUGCUGGCGGAGGGUGUGUCAGGACCAGAGAAAGGGGGUGGAUCCGCRGCUGCCGCCGCUGCAGCCGCAGCUUCGGGAGGGGCCUCAGACAACUCCAUCGAACACUCAGACUACAGAGCCAAACUCACCCAGAUCAGACAGAUCUACCACACAGAGCUGGAGAAAUACGAACAGGCGUGUAACGAGUUCACCACCCAUGUGAUGAACCUGCUGAGGGAGCAGUCCCGCACGCGACCCAUCUCUCCCAAAGAGAUAGAACGCAUGGUGGGCAUCAUCCACCGCAAGUUCAGCUCCAUCCAGAUGCAGCUCAAGCAGAGCACCUGUGAGGCCGUCAUGAUCCUGCGCUCCAGAUUCCUUGAUGCCAGGCGGAAAAGGAGAAACUUCAGCAAGCAGGCGACGGAGAUCUUGAACGAGUAUUUCUACUCGCACCUCAGCAACCCAUAUCCCAGUGAAGAAGCCAAAGAGGAGUUGGCCAAAAAGUGCAGCAUUACAGUAUCCCAGGGGGUGGGAAGCACCAUCACAGUAUCACAGGUAUCCAACUGGUUCGGCAACAAGAGGAUCCGGUACAAGAAGAACAUAGGCAAGUUCCAGGAAGAAGCUAACCUGUACGCUGCUAAGACUGCAGUAACAGCAGCGCAUGCAGUGGCCGCCGCAGUGCAGAACAGCCAGACCAACUCCCCUACCACACCCAACUCCGGUGGAUACCCUGCGCCAUGUUAUCAGUCAGACGGCAGGAUACAGUGAAGCUCUAGGAGUGAACACUAUGUACAGUCCACACGGCUUGAAUGCUAAUGGGGGAUGGCACGAUACAACUACUCCAUCUGCUGUAAUCUCCCCAACAGAAGGACCUGGAAGUGUGCACUCUGAUACCUCAAAU